AUGAACGCCCAAGUCAUUCGUAAAUCAGUUAUCAAAUUUGUUGAAAGUGUCAUUUCCAAUUUCGGAGCUGAGUACCUCCGAAAGCCCACUGAAGAAGAUAUAGCAGCUCUUCUUCAUAUCGGAGAACGGCGAGGGUUCCCAGGCAUGAUGGGUAGUAUUGAUUGUAUGCAUUGGGAAUGGAAAAAUGGCCCUACGGCAUGGGCAUGGCAAUAUGCAGGACGAAGCGGUACGCCAACAAUUAUUCUGGAAGCAGUUGCAUCACAAGACCUAUGGAUCUGGCAUGCAUUUUUUGGAACCCCAGGUUCAAGACAUGAUAUCAAUGUACUUGAUCGAUCGCCUAUUUUUGAUGAUAUCUUGGAAGGUCGAGCACCUAAGGUCAAUUAUAUCGUUAAUGGCCGCGAAAGAAAUAUAGGAUAUUAUCUCACUGAUGGUAUAUAUCCUCAAUGGGCGGCAUUUACCAAAUCUAUUCCUGCUCCACAACUUCGAAAGCACCAGUUGUUUGCCCAACAUCAAGAGGCUGCCCGAAAAGAUGUUGAGCGAGCAUUUUGGAGUUUUACAAGCGCGUUUUGCUUUUAUCAAGCGGCUAUGACUUAUUUGGGAUCGUGA